CGUCCGAGCAACGGGACUGCCCCUAACAAAGAUGGCGGGAAAGGCUUCCGUGAGGGCAAACUGAUUUAACACCCAAACCCGAGGCGGCCAGCGAAGACAGUGGUAGCGGCGCGGCCCUGAGCAUGGAGGGAAGCAGCGCUGGCAGCGCGGGCAGCGGUGGCAGCGACAACAGCCCCAGCGGGAGCGGCGGGGCGCAGCAAAGGGAGCUGGAGCGCAUGGCUGAGGUCCUGGUCACCGGGGAGCAGCUCCGGCUCAGGCUGCAUGAAGAAAAGGUUAUUAAAGACAGGCGACAUCAUCUCAAAACCUACCCAAACUGUUUUGUCGCGAAAGAACUGAUCGACUGGCUGAUUGAGCACAAAGAGGCUUCCGACCGAGAGACGGCGAUUAAACUCAUGCAGAAAUUAGCGGACCGGGGCAUCAUUCACCACGUGUGUGAUGAGCACAAGGAAUUCAAGGAUGUGAAACUAUUCUACCGCUUUAGAAAGGAUGAUGGCACCUUCCCAUUGGACAACGAAGUGAAGGCCUUCAUGAGAGGACAGAGGCUGUAUGAGAAGCUGAUGAGCCCUGAAAACACACUCCUGCAGCCCCGGGAAGAGGAGGGGGUCAAGUAUGAGCGCACUUUCAUGGCAUCUGAGUUCCUGGAUUGGCUGGUUCAGGAAGGGGAGGCCACCACGAGGAAAGAGGCAGAGCAGCUGUGCCACCGGCUUAUGGAGUAUGGCAUCAUACAGCAUGUGUCCAACAAGCACCCGUUCGUGGACAGCAAUCUUCUCUACCAGUUCAGAAUGAACUUCCGGCGGAGGCGCAGACUCAUGGAGCUGCUCAAUGAAAAGUCCCCCUCCCAGGACACGCACGACAGUCCAUUCUGCCUGAGGAAGCAGAGCCAUGACAAUCGGAAAUCCACCAGUUUUAUGUCAGUCAGCCCCAGCAAGGAGAUCAAGAUCGUGUCUGCCGUGAGGAGGAGCAGCAUGAGCAGCUGCGGCAGCAGUGGCUACUUCAGCAGCAGCCCCACCCUCAGCAGCAGCCCCCCGGUGCUCUGCAACCCCAAGUCUGUGUUAAAGAGACCCGUCACUUCCGAGGAACUCCUGACUCCCGGAGCACCGUACGCGAGGAAGACGUUCACGAUCGUCGGUGACGCUGUUGGCUGGGGCUUCGUGGUGCGAGGGAGUAAGCCAUGCCACAUCCAGGCCGUGGACCCCAGUGGCCCUGCGGCAGCGGCGGGAAUGAAGGUCUGUCAGUUUGUCGUGUCUGUCAAUGGGCUCAACGUGCUGCAUGUAGACUACCGGACCGUGAGCAACCUGAUUCUCACGGGCCCACGGACCAUUGUCAUGGAAGUCAUGGAGGAGCUAGAGUGCUGAGCGGUGGCCCUCCCGGCGCUCCCAGUGGCCUGUGGGCGAACGAAGCCAAAACAACACGAAGCAAUGCAAUGACAAGACUUCCACGUGCGUGGACGGCUUUGGACACGCAGAUCUUUUCCCCAACAGACACAUCUGAAUUUGCAUUUCACACACUGUUUGGAUGGGGAAGAACCGGGUAAUACAUCUUACAAACAAUGUAUAUCAGUGUAAAAAAAUAUUCGGGACGCAGAAUUUUCUUAGUGGGUAGAAUUGCUUUCCUCGAUUUCUGUUUGUAGUUCUCAUCCACUGUUUCUUACCUUAAUUCGCAGAAUGCUGUUGAAACGCUUCUCUAGCCCAAACAGCAGCCUGCUCAAAUCUCCUGCGCAGGAGUCAGUAGAGGAGUUUUUACAGAUUUUAAACUGUAUUCUCACCAAAAUGAGCACGGAACUGUUUACUGGAGAAUCUAGAUUUCACCGAGCUCCAAGUUAAAGCAACAGGCAAAGGAUUAGUACCUGUUAAGUAGCAUUUUGAAGGAGGUUCCAAAGCUAUUUUUUUAAAAAGGCUUUUUCUUAAUUCUCGCCUUUCUUUAUCAACUUGUAACUUAACAUCUGUGUGCAUCUAUGGCACUGGUUAAAAACUGGGUGACUGGCAGGGAAAUACAACGUCAGCGUGUUUGCUGUGUUUCCUCUGAGCCUAAAUCAUUUUAUUGUACCAGCCCCGGCAGCUUUCUGGAGUUAUUGCGGAAUGUGUUGAGUGUCAAAACAGAGACGUUUGUAUAUACACCUCUAAUUAAGAAUCAGGCCUUGGCAAGACUUCACUGUGAGCUUGUUCGUUUUUAAGUGAAGUUUUCUAGAACUUGGCCCAUAUGUGAUAAAACUUGAAACUAAAUUGCCUUAUUGGCCUGAAUUUUUACUAGCUUUCUAGUAGAAGGUAUUCUAAGGACAUGACGUGCUGCCUACUUGGCGGGGUUAUUUUUCACCAACAGCAAGUCUUGUGCUGUAACUUUUCAGCUCACUUGUAUAUAUGCAUGUUUCUUUCUUUCUUUUUGGUCUAGAAAAGAAUGCAUUUGGGGGCUUGAUGUGUAGAGGAAAUUCCUCAAAGUGCCAAAAUCAGGAGGGGCAGGGAAUGCUGAAUUCUUCAUUUCAUACAAUGCAUUCUGAACAAUGAGGUUGCUUUCCUAUUAUGUAGUAACAAAGUAAAAUAUGAAUGAUGUACCUCAGCCAUUAUUUUGUGACAGGUUAUCAUAAUGUAUUGGUACUGGUGGAAUUGACAUACCAUGUUCAAAGUGUUCAAUGUAUAUGUUUCUGGUAAUUGAACUUUUCUGAUCUGUAGCUUUAGUCAGGAGUAGGAUUUCGAAGUAAGAUAGAAUGGCUAAUGUUAAUGCUGUGGACCCCUGUUUGAGAAUAUCAUCACCUGCGUAUGUAUGAUCGUCUGUGCGUCUAUACUGUACGCCUGUCCCUGCCACUGCUCCUAACAAGUGUGACCUCUUUCCGACACUGCACAGUAGGUCUUAACGUCCUCACUUUGGUUGUGGAAACUAAGUCUGAACAAGUUUAAAAGUGGUCUCUGAGUUACCCCAGCUGCAAAAAUUACUAAAUGAUAGUAGCCUGGAUUCAAACACGAGUUUAUUUAAUGUGAAAACCCGUGUUACCACCCCCGGCCUUUCACACUGUAGGGACCAUGCAGAGGUUAGUCUCGUGCCCAAGGUCACACAACCAGGAAGUUUUAGAAUAAUUGCAUAACAUCUGUAAAAGAGGAGUCUCAAGUGCUUUCUGUCCCCAGGUAUUCAUUAGUUGACAAGAGAAGGACCGCCUUUGGGUUUAUUCUUGUGUAUGGUGCAAGUUAGUGAUCUAGCUUCAUUUUUCAGCACAGAGCUAUCCAAUUGUCCC